AGUGCUCUCUUGUUCAGCUUUCUUCGAGUUCAGCUGCGGCAUGGACUCAAAAAGCAUAUUUUUGCUUGCAGUGCUGACUUUCAGCCCCAGCAUUUCCCAGCCUGCACUGACAACUAAACGACCAGGUGACAUCAACAAAACGUUUGGAUUCAAUCAGGACAUCCCCACCGAGUAUUUCCAGGGGCAGCAAACCCCAAACCAUUUAGAUCAACGUGUGUUGACUGCUUCGCUAUGCAAUAAACGAGUGGAGGUCAUGGAAGAAAAACUGAAAGGCGUAUCGGCGCAGAUGAGCCAAAACAAAAUGUUUUAUGAAUAUCAAAUCAAGACUAUUCGUGAGAGUGGAGAACUGCACAACCAAAUGUGUGAUCAGAGGGUUCAAUUAGCGAGCCAACAGUGUAUCAUAAGCAGCACAGAAUCCACUAAUAAGAAAAAUGGUCCUGUUGACGCGGGAAUUACUGCAAAGUUAUUAUCAUCUUUUCCACGUUCAAAGUACUACGUCAGCACAGAGAGGUUGAGCUGGCAUUUAGCAGGCAAGUUUUGCAAGUUGAACGGUAUGGAGUUGGCAAGUAUCGAAACAGAAGCCGAAAAUAAUGCACUCUUUGCAGUUACUAGAAAUGAUACUGGAUCUUUUUGGAUUUCUGGCACAGAUUUUGGGUCAGAAGGCAAGUUUUAUUGGGCUGGAACUGGAAAAGAUGUUGAAGAUUUCACUAAUUUUGGCGACGGAGAGCCAAAUAAUGACAAAGGAAACGAAAAUUGUCUCGAACUUUUCACACACGAAUCUGCUCUUUAUUGGAAUGAUAAUUUUUGCGAGGGUCAAAACCAAUUUAUUUGUGAGCUUACCUCUUAGUCUUUAAGAGAUGCCUGUGAAAAAUGAGGCUGAUUGCUGUAAUUUUAAUCUCGAAGAAUAAAUUUAAAAAAUCAACCUAUUUCA